GCAGCUCCAUCAGCCACUUCCUCUGCUACCAUUGUCAGACACGCAGCAGCUGCAGUUCCUGCACUUCUGCCUCUUCCUGGCCAUCUCCCUGGCUGCCCUCCUGGGCAACGGCCUCAUCAUCAGCACCGUAGCCUGCGCCCACCACCUGCACACCCCCAUGUUCUUCUUCCUGCUCAACCUGGCCCUCACUGACCUGGGAUCCAUCUGCACCACUGUCCCCAAAGCCAUGCACAAUUCCCUCUGGGACACCAGGAACAUUGCCUACUCAGGAUGUGUUACACAACUCUUUUUCUUGGCGUUCUUUCUUGGCUCAGAGUAUUUCCUCCUGACUGUCAUGUGCUAUGACCACCAUGUGUCCAUGUGCAAACCCCUGAACUACGGGACCCUCCUGGGCAGCAGAGCUUGUGCCCACAUGGCAGCAGUUGCCUGGGCCAGUGCCUUUCUCAAUGCUCUGCUGCACACGGCCAAUACAUUUUCCCUGCCCCUGUGCCAGGGCAACGCCCUGGGCCAGUUCUUCUGUGAAAUCCCUCAGAUCCUCAAACUCUCCUGCUCCAAAUCCUACCUCAGAGGACUUGGGCUUCUUGCUGUUAGUGCCUGUUUGGCCUUUGGUUGUUUUGUGUUCAUUGUUUUCUCUUACGUGCAGACUUUCAGGGCUGUGCUGAGGAUCGCCUCUGAGCAGGGACGGCACAAAGCCUUUUCCACCUGCCUCCCUCACCUGGCCGUGUUCUCCCUUAUCAGCACCUCGUUUUUUGCCUAUCUCAAACCCCUCUCCAUCUCCUCCCCAUCCCUGGAUGCUGCCCUGUCAGUUCUGUACUCGGUGGUGCCUCCAGCCCUGAACCCCCUCAUCUACAGCCUGAGGAACCAGGACCUCAAAGCUGCAGUGUAGACACUGAU